GGGGGGCGGGGAGGAGGGAGGCCGGGCCAGCGGCUGGGGACCAAGCCGCGAAGACAGUGUGGGCAGCAGAGAUGGAGGGCGACGGGGUGCCGUGGGGGAGCGAGCCCGUCUCGGGUCCCGGCCCCGGAGGCGGCGGAAUGAUUCGCGAGCUGUGCCGGGGCUUCGGUCGCUACCGGCGCUACCUGGGCCGGCUGAGGCAGAACCUGCGCGAAACUCAGAAGUUCUUCCGCGACAUCAAGUGCUCCCACAACCACAGUCUUCCCUCCUCCCCUACGGGCGGCGGCUGGGCCGAGCUCGGCCCUGCAGGCGAUGUCGCCGAAACCGGGCUGCAGGCGGGCCAGCUGAGCUGCAUUUCCUUCCCACCUAAGGAAGAAAAGUACCUCCAGAAGAUUGUGGACUGCCUCCCUUGCAUACUGGUCCUCGGCCAGGACUGUCAUGUCAAGUGUCAGCUGCUGAACCUGCUGUUGGGGGUGCAGGUGCUUCCCACCACCAAGCUGGGCAGCGAGGAAAGCUGUAAGCUCCGGCGCCUCCGCUUCACCCAUGGGACUCAGACUCGGGUCAGCCUGGCGCUCCCUGGACAGUAUGAACUAGUGCACACACUGGUUGCUCACCAGGGCAACUGGGAGACCAUCCCCGAGGAGGAUCUGGAGGUCCAAGAAGACAAUGAGGAUGCUGCUCAUGUUUUAGCCGAACUGGAGGUAACAAUGCACCAUGCUCUCUUACAGGAAGUGGACAUUGUGGUAGCACCAUGCCAAGGCCUCCGGCCCACAGUGGAUGUUCUGGGUGACUUGGUGAAUGAUUUCUUGCCUGUGAUAACCUAUGCACUCCACAAAGAUGAACUCUCUGAGAGGGACGAGCAAGAGCUUCAGGAAAUCCGAAAGUAUUUCUCCCUUCCCGUGUUCUUUUUCAAAGUGCCGAAGCUGGGCUCAGAGAUAAUAGACUCCACCAGGAGAAUGGAGACUGAAAGGUCACCGCUUUAUCGCCAGCUGAUUGACCUGGGCUAUCUGAGCAGCAGUCACUGGAACUGUGGGGCCCCCGGCCAGGACACUAAAGCUCCAAGUAUGCUGGUGGAACAAAGUGAGAAGCUGAGACACUUGAGCACAUUUUCUUACCAGGUGCUACAGGCGCGCCUGGUGGACGCAGCCAAGGCCCUGAACCUGGUGCACUGCCACUGCCUCGACGUCUUUAUCAACCAGGCCUUUGACAUGCAGCGGGACCUGCAGAUCACUCCCAAACGCCUGGAAUACACUCGAAAAAAGGAGAAUGAGUUGUAUGAGUCACUGAUGAAUAUUGCCAACCGGAAGCAGGAGGAAAUGAAAGAUAUGAUUGUGGAGACACUUAACACCAUGAAGGAGGAACUUCUAGAUGAUGCUACCAACAUGGAGUUUAAAGAUGUCAUUGUCCCUGAGAAUGGAGAACCAGUGGGCACCAGAGAGAUCAAAUGCUGCAUCCGACAGAUCCAGGAACUCAUCAUCUCCCGGCUUAAUCAGGCAGUGGCUAACAAGCUGAUCAGCUCGGUGGAUUACCUACGUGAGAGCUUUGUCGGGACGCUGGAACGAUGUUUGCAGAGCCUGGAGAAGUCUCAGGAUGUCUCAGUCCACAUCACCAGUAAUUAUCUCAAACAGAUCUUAAAUGCUGCCUAUCACGUUGAAGUCACGUUUCACUCAGGGUCCUCGGUUACAAGGAUGCUAUGGGAGCAAAUCAAGCAGAUCAUCCAGCGCAUCACGUGGGUGAGCCCACCUGUCAUCACUCUGGAAUGGAAGAGGAAAGUGGCCCAGGAAGCCAUCGAGAGCCUCAGUGCCUCCAAACUGGCCAAGAGCAUCUGCAGCCAGUUCCGUACUCGGCUCAACAGUUCCCACGAGGCUUUCGCAGCCUCCUUGCGGCAGCUGGAAGCUGGCCACUCAGGCCGGCUCGAGAAAACCGAAGAUCUCUGGCUGAAGGUUCGGAAAGAUCAUGCCCCUCGCCUGGCCCGCCUUUCUCUGGAGAGUCGUUCUUUACAGGAUGUCUUGCUACACCGUAAACCUAAACUGGGACAGGAACUGGGCCGGGGCCAGUACGGUGUGGUGUACCUGUGUGACAACUGGGGGGGACACUUCCCCUGUGCCCUCAAGUCAGUUGUUCCUCCAGAUGAGAAGCACUGGAAUGAUCUGGCCUUGGAGUUUCACUACAUGAGGUCUCUGCCCAAGCACGAGCGCUUGGUGGAUCUCCACGGUUCAGUCAUCGACUACAACUACGGUGGUGGCUCCAGCAUCGCUGUGCUUCUCAUCAUGGAGCGGCUGCACCGGGACCUCUACACGGGGCUGAAGGCUGGGCUGACCCUGGAGACGCGUUUGCAGAUAGCACUAGACGUGGUGGAGGGAAUCCGCUUCCUGCACAGCCAGGGACUCGUCCAUCGCGAUAUCAAACUAAAAAACGUGCUGCUGGACAAGCAGAACCGUGCCAAGAUCACUGACUUAGGAUUCUGCAAGCCGGAGGCCAUGAUGUCAGGCAGCAUUGUGGGGACACCAAUCCAUAUGGCCCCUGAACUUUUCACAGGGAAGUAUGAUAAUUCCGUGGAUGUCUACGCUUUUGGGAUUCUUUUCUGGUACAUCUGCUCAGGCUCUGUCAAGCUCCCUGAGGCAUUUGAGAGGUGUGCCAGCAAAGACCAUCUCUGGAACAACGUGCGGAGAGGGGCCCGCCCGGAACGGCUUUCCGUGUUUGAUGAGGAGUGCUGGCAGUUGAUGGAAGCCUGUUGGGAUGGUGACCCCUUGAAGAGGCCUCUCUUGGGCAUUGUCCAGCCCAUGCUCCAGGGCAUCAUGGACCGGCUGUGCAAGUUGAAUUCUGAGCAGCCGAACAGAGGGCUGGAUGAUUCUACUUGAAAGCAAGGACCUUUCUCUUUCAUUCUCUAUUUCUCUCCUUCCCCUCACCUUUUGGCCAUGGGGAGAAAUUGACAUUUAUUCACUAUAGGGCACUCCCAAGGGAAUUGGUGCUUGCUGGGCAACUUGAGACCUUCCAGGCAGAGAUGACUCCAGGACAGUGAAGAGUUGGAUGACUGAGCAUGCUCGGCAGUUCACUGAAGCCCCAAGCUAUCUGUUUAACAGAAGAGUGUCCAAGCCGUAUGAAAGCUGAGGAAUGUGACGUUCUGGCCUCACAACUGAAGCGGAGGCAAAUGUUACCAUUGUCUACUCACUGUAUAUGUUUCUAAGACAACAAGUGGGACACUGCAGUGGGAAUAGUAUUAAAACCUAUCAUUUCCAUGAUUUGAGCUCUAGCUAGGAAUAAUUUGGUCAGGACCCUUAGAACAUUUGAGCUUGGUUCUGGGUUGAUGAGAACAUGGGGACAAAAAACAAACUUAACAGAUGUCUGGUUCCUGCUGUCUGCAGCUAGGGAUGUCAGGUUGCGACAGUCGGAAAGCCAGGGAGGGAGGUGGAAACAAAGCUGUGUGCUUCCCCCAGCGCCAGUGUGUUCACGUGUAUAGGGCCACAUGUCCCUGGUUUCUAGGGGAGGGUUUCACUGUUACAUCACCAAGAGGCCAAAAGAAGACAGAAAAGAGUGUGUGUGCGUAUGUGUGUGGGGGUGGGUGUACACAUACAUACAUACAUAUAUACAUAAGCUGUUGGAUUCUGAGUUACUGCUAACCCCAGAACAGAAUCUGUUCUACCCUUGGGUCUUUUUUUUUCUUUUUUUUCCCCUUCUUUUUGUCCCAAGGUAGGAAAACUCCAGAGAACAUGGUACUUAGGAGUGAGUGUCCGAGCAAAACCAACCCAACGUGAAAUAUCUGGCUGAGAUCUGAGAAGUGGGAAAUGAUCCAGAGGCCGUGGCCUGCAUACAAACCUAAUGAAAGGAUACCAGCUUGUUUUUAAAACUUAACAAAAUCAGAAAUUAUUUUUGUGUUUGACUCUAACACACUGAUGUUUUUAAAAUUUUAUCAAUGAGCUUUUGAACCAAGGUUUCUUCUGCAAUUUAUCCCUUCUUUUCACCUUAUUUUAAAUAUAAUCUGUUAGAAGAAAAAAAGAAUCAGACAAAAGAGAAGAAUGCUCCUCUGGUAGUUCUCUGUGUGUGUGACUCACCGCUGUGUGUGCGUAUCUGGGAAGCUCCCUUCCCCUGGAGUCGGGAGGUGGUGUGAUGGAUGGUCUUUUGCGGAGUUCCUCAUAAAGGAACAUGAGGAGGGAAACUCUGAUUCCACGCAAAGGGGAACAGUUUAAACAUCGGUGCAUCUCAGAUCUUGACUUCAAGCCUUUCUCAACCAGAGCGGUCCAUUAGAUUCAGAAAAACAAGUAGAAAAACAGUGGAGGUGAGUAGCCUCGCUCUAUCUGCCUAAUCCCCAGGAACUGUGGUCUGGCCCCUGUGCCCAGCCCUAAAGUGUGGGAAACAGGUCCCCAGGUGAUUUUUCUAGGCUUGUUUGUGACAGAAUGUCCAUCCCUUAAAUAUUAACAGUAUAAAUGGAGUCUAUAAUAAGUUUUUCAUAUAACUUUUAAAGUUCAGUUUUAACUCUUUGGCUGUCCUGGGCUCUGAUUAUGAUAUAUUUGAGCGUACUAGCCCCAAAGCACUUGCAGCUUUUCAGAAACUCCAUGUAGUGCUAAAAACCUUUUUACUUGCAAAUGAUAAAGUAAUUGGCCCAGUGUCUUUGGGUUCUAUAGGUUCCAGCAUUGUUUUAGUAGAAUGUUUAGUUAUCUCUUAGAAUUUUUAACACCUAUUUAGCUAUGCAUCAGGUAUUCUAUUCUUCUUGGCAGUAAUUCAGCUGCUCUUCUGGGAACUAUGAUGGGGCUUCCAGGAAGCCAGGUGUCAAAUUAAGAAAGGAGGGAUGAGUAGUUUUCUACUUGCUGAAAAAUCAUUGUAAGUCCGUUCUGUGUGGAAUUUCAAGAAAAGUCUUAUAUAGUUCCCUUUUCCAAACUGCUUUCUUUUAACUCUAGCUAUAAUCAGGAAUCUGUGCUUCCAUUGGGGAGACCACAUUCCUAACAUUCUUUGGAAGUCUUAGCUCAAACCCCAAUUCACACAUGGGAGGUUAGAUUUUUUUUUUCCCUACUCAGAGUCCCUUUUCACUUUAUCCCCAAGGCUUAGUCUGCUAUCAGAUACCAGUUUUCUAGCAGAUUCCCCACAGUUUUUGCCUGGUGGGGAGGGAGAAAUGGAGGGACUAAUGUAUGUAAGGAGAUGAGUAGUUGUGUUACGGUUCAUUUAAAAAAAAAAAGUAUUGCAAGAAAAGGUGCAAAAUAUUCCUGAAAGUCUCCAAGCCAUCCAAAGUCCACAUAUGGAUAUUUGGGGGUGUUAUUUAAAUACUCAGCAGGCUGAGUGCAGGAAUAGGUGUGUAUAGCAUGUGUAUACUUUGCUUUUGUUUUAUAACAUUGUCAGCUAAUUUUGGGUUCUUUGUUCCUUGGCACCCAUUCUUAUUAAAGUGAUGGAAUGCCAUGAAAUGUACUGUAUUGUAUAUUACUUGGGAAGACACUAGGCAUUCAAAGAAGUCUGGCGGCACUUGGGCUGUAGAGAGGGCUCAGCAUGGCCAAAGUCCUGAAGAUUUUACCUCCCAGUUUUGGUUGUUCAUUUCAUUCCCCCCCCCCCCACCGUGGUGAAGUAAGUAAGAUGGUGGCUAGGGGAGGAAGAAGUAUGGCAUGAAAGAAUGGCCCUUACUGUGUUCUAUUCUGUCCUUCUAAUCAACUUAAUUAGGGCAGGUUACCCCAGUACAAAAAUGAUGACUUGGCCAUUUUUAAUGAGCUUGAAGUGUGGUCACUCAUUUUGCGUCAGUACUUAGCAAGAGGCCGUCCUGCAGAGCAGUCAGAAGAGAUGGCUGACCCUGUGCCUAGAGAGCUAGUGGCAAGGUCAGUCUGGCACGGUUGAGGAAGCCUCAUUUCAGGGAGGUUUCCACAGGCACAUCCCAGUUCCCUGAUCCUCUACAGAGAGUAGCUUAUUGACUGAGCAAGCCUUUCACUUCUCUGGGAAGGGGGACUGUGCUGGUUGUUCCCAGACCAAAGAGAGUCACUUUUGACUCCAUCAUCUUCAAAGGGACAGCCUGGGCAGAAUCUUCUCCUCAUUAUUAACACUAAAAUUCAAGGAAGCAGUGGAGGAGAGGAUACAUUACUACCACAGAUAGAAAUAGGGGAAUAGUAGAACUCUCAACUAGUAAAUAAAUUUUUGUAUCUUUGCUUGAACUGCCAAAGAAGGGUCCCAACGUGUUUUUCUUGAUGGGAGAAGUGGCUCGGGGUUGCAGGGCUGUGAAGUGACAACUGCACUGAAUGACACUUUAUUUUUUGGCUUUGACUUAUUAUUUAGCACUGAGAAGCCCAGGGCAAUUGGUGAAUACAUAGCACUUUGGGAAAUUAAGGUGCCCUCUGGCCUUACUUUGGAGAGAAGGCAUGCUUGGUAUUCUAUUUGGCCAACUGGGAAACCUCCGUAGUCCACUUUGCCUCAGAGUGGGAUUAACAGCCCUGGGAGAGUCCACUGCCAAAGGAGUAGAUGCUUGCUUUGAGUUUUCAAAGCUUGCCUUUUGGAUUUGCUGGAUCAAAUAAUCCACUUUUUAAAAGAAAACAAAAGGGUUUAUCCUUCUAAAUACGGGAGUGGGGUGGGUAGAGCUGGUUCACUGUUAAAGUGGGCAAGGAGAGAGUGGCCUUGAGACUUGUACUGCAAACGCCCCUGGAGGUUUCAAGUAGCACUACUGUUCUUAAAAAGGGUUUUAUUUUAACUCCAUCUGCUUUGUUCACACCCAGUCCAAUUGCGAUUGCAGAGAUUGUGUGAGAAUACCUGGCACUGAAGAGGCCACCUGGCCCAAAUGGUUGAAAAGAAAAUUGGCCUGGACAGCUUGUUGUCUUUUGUCGUUAUGUAAUGGUUUUUUUUUGUUGGUUUUAAAGGACUAAUGUUUAUUACAGUGUUAAAUAAAAGUGUAACAUACUAAGUGUAUAGAAUAAAAGUGCAAUAACAACAAAAAAAAUUACUUUGGCACAAACUUCA